AAACCAGUAUAUAGUUCGGCCAUUCAACCGCUAGAGGCGGUAAUUCGUGAAACGUACCUUUGGGACUGGUAGAAUACAUAUCAGUAUUGAGAACGUUUCAGUAUUUUGUGAAAGCUUUGUAAUCAUACCGUAUACCGUAAUACUUUUCAAUUAGUUGACGGCACACCAUCAUGGCGAUGGGUUUUGAUUGCGUCUUUGAUUUACAGUUAAGAAAUUUGUAGUGAUGGUCUGAAUCGCAUUUUUUUUAUAAUUGUUAUUAACAUCUGCAAAAUCUUUUAUUACUACUUUAUUUUAAGUAUAUUUAUAUGAAUUACAAACUUCAUAAUGGUAAAGUUAACAGAAGAAAUGGUCGUGGCUCGGACGCGAAUGUCUGACUUCUCUGCCGUAAAAAAACUUAAUUGUUGGGGUACAGAAUUGACUGAUGUAAGCAUUUUAAGGAAAAUGAAAAAUGUGGAAGUACUGUCAUUAAGUGUUAACCAUAUCAACACCCUUGCUGAUUUUCAAUACUGUUUAAGUCUUCAAGAAUUAUUUGUUAGAAAUAAUAAUAUUGAAGAUUUGAAUGAAGUUUGUUAUCUUCAAGGUUUACCAAAUUUAAGAAAUUUAUGGCUUGGUGAAAAUCCUUGUGCUGAGAAAGAAGGUUAUCGGUUAGCAGUUUUAAGAGCUUUACCAAAUCUACAAAAGCUUGAUGAUGAAAUAGUAUCACCUGAGGAAGUGCAAACUGCAUUAACAAGAGGUCGUGUUUUAGUCCACCCUCUUGUCAUGUACGCUUCUCCACCACAAUCAGAUGCAGUUAGUCCAGAGGAUAUUACUACUGAGUAUAUUGAAGAAACUGAAGUGAUUCGACAUCGAAGAUAUAGUUCCUCAAGUGAUCAGAGAAGUUUUGAAGAAACACAACAUGCUCAAGAAGAGUACCAUGAUCCAGAUCAUAGAAAUGCAAAUUAUAAUGCAUCACCAUCACAUCAUUAUUCUCAAAAUAAUCAGUAUACGUAUGAGCAACAGAAUGGACAGUCAAAGAAUCAAAGCAAAGAUGACACUAUACGUACAGAGUCGCGCAACAUCAGUGAAAACGUGGCCACUAACACUAUUGAAAUGAUCAAGGAAUAUGAUGACCGACCAGCAAUUUCUAGACAUAAUGGAGAUUAUGAUGACAGAAGAUCUUAUGCAGAAUAUAGUAAUAAUGAUACACCACAACGAACAUACGCACCAACAUCUCCAAGGACACAAUACUCUACAAAUGAAAUUAUAGAUGAAAGACGCGCAGAUAGAAAUAGUUAUGACUAUGAUAAUAGACUGAAAUCUGAAUAUAAAGAACAUCAUGACCAUAGAAUUAAAGAUUAUGAAGAGCAACAUCAACCAUCAUCUCAACCUAGACGAAUGACAGUUCAUCAUAAUGUAGAGAGGGAAGAUUUAAACCAAGUGCAUGGAUGGGUAAGACAUUCAGAUAAGGAGAAGUGUAGAUCACAGUUUCACUAUCACAGGAGGCCUGUUACAAGAAAUUCCAACAUUUUAUCAGCUGUUUUAUGCUUAGUUAAAGAGCUUGACUACCCGAGUUUGGAAGUGGUAGAAAUGGCAGUUAGAAAUCGAAUGGAUGAAUUAGAAGAAUGAUGUUUCUGACGCCGUCCCCAAAAUACUCAGGGGACGGUUACCUUCUCUCAUAUGGGUAGUGUUUCUUCAAUUCCAAGUCCUGAAUUUUCGGAUUCUCUUGAUAGUAUGGUAAUUCCUUGCCAGUGUAUUGAUAACGAUGCAAACUGUAAUCUUGAUCAUCCUAUAUAUGAUCGACAUUCUAUCGAUGAUAACGCUGAUAAACAAAAAAUUCGUCGUAAUGGUUAUGUGGAAACUUGUUCAAUGCGAAGUCCCAAAAAUAUAUCUGUUAACCCGAAUUCAAAAUAUUUUGGAAAUAAUCAGAAUGCAUAUAAACUUAGGGACUCUGUACCAGAUAAUUUAAUGUCAGUAGUUGGCAACUGUGAAGAAAGGAAAACCAAUGAUGUUAGAAGAGUGGCAAGUAGUGACAGCAUCCCCCGCAGUAACUUUAAUGGUUUAGCUCUAAGUCCAGGAUGCAGGGUUUUGAGUCAGGAUUGUGUAAGAAGAUCAAAAAGUCCCGAUGUUAGAAACACAAUUGUCCCUCUUCGCUACAUUCAGUCAGCAAAAGGUACUUGGACAUAUAAUUUGUAAGUUAAAUUGCAAAUAACAUUAAUACUCUCUCGAAAUAGUAAUAAUUUCUCUUAGAAAUGUAUUUCGAGAAAUUCCUAAACACUAUUAAGAUAAUCAUUGUAUAAUUAAAAAGAAAUGGCAUAAUUUUGUCCAGUUUCUGAAGAGAAUAUAUAUAUAUAUAUAAAUAUAAAAUUAGAAACAAUUGUGAUAUUUCUCCAAGGAGUAAAAAAUAAAAUUUUAUCCCAAUUAUUUGGAUGUAAUAUACAAUGUAUCAGUAUACUCAAGAUGACACGUUUAUGUACUUUAAGUGAAUAAUGCAAAAAUCAGAAAUAAUGAAUUUUGCAUUGUUUAGAAUAAAUUUAAUAUUUUAUUGCAUUAAUAAGGUAUUGAAUGCAAUGUUUUUUAACAUUACAUUAAUUUCGGUAUAAUGUUAUUUAUGAUUUUCACAAAUAUAAAGAGUUGUGUUUUUAAAUAGCCAAACAUAGCUUUUUAUAGCAGUUUGUUUAAAAUAUUGCAGAACUGUUACAUAUUUUCAAAGAGUUUCUAUAAAUUACGACGUGAUACAAUGUACUUAAAUUACAAUUUGUAUAUAAAGCAUAUAAUCAAAGAUGAAUUUAUGUCGAAUUAGAUAUUUAAAAACAAAAUAUUAGAUAAUUUUAAGUUAAGCAAGACAUUCUACUUAUGUUUAAUACCUCUAAAAAUUGAAUCUUCGCAAUAUACAAUAAUUUAUAAAACAAAAGGUAAUAUAAUUGCAUAUACACUUAUACAAGAUAUGUAUUUGCAAAUUUUUGAGCAGUAACCACGAUAAUUUUUUAAAUGCUAUUAAGUACCACAGAAAACCAUAACAAAACUUUAUAUACUGUUAUAGUUUCUUUACUUUCAUUAUUGUUUCUAUUGACAAAUUUAUGUGUGCGUUAACAGAAUAUAAAUGCAAUAAAAAUUUUAUUGAUAUUAAUUGAAUUGUAAGCAGAAUUGUAUUUAUGAUAUAAGUAGCAUAAUGUGAAAAUAAGAUAUAUGGAGAUUGAUUCUGUGCAACAACACAUACUACAGAUUAAUAUUAGACUGAUAAAUAUGUAUGGCAUAUUUUUUGGAAUGAAGUCUUCAUAUGUUAUAAGUGGAUAAACGAUAUAAAAACUGAAAUAACAGGGCUAUUAAAUUCUUCUACAAUGUAAACCGUUCCAAGUAACUAAGCCAAUUUCGAACUUAGAUUUAAGAUAUUUUAUAAAAAUGCGGAACAAGAUAUUUUUUGUUAUAUAUAACCGUCCACUUAUAUUAUUUUAUAAAUAAUUAAUGUUAUUGUUAAUUAGUAUUGUUAAAAGAAUGAUUAUUAUAAUUAGUUGCCUAAUAUCUGUUAAAUGCAAAAAGCAGAUGUUAAAUGUUCUUUUCUUUUUUAACUUAAAACAUGUUUUGAGACGAAUUAUAUAUAAUAAAACUAACAGUUAUAA